AUGUCUGUAACCAUCCAUCUGGACAGGCCUCAUGCUCAUUUCACCAAUCUCGACUUCAUAACGGGUAGAGUUGUGCUCCACCUCCCCUCAGAAGCUCCCAUAGGAGGCAUUCAAGUGAAACUUGAGGGAGAAAGCAGAACUCGACUCUCAGGCCCACGGCAUCCACAUAAUGAGCAGUCGGAUAAGAAACGGACGGAGCUUGAGGUUCAUAAGAUCUUGUACAAGGUUGAGACACUCUUCCCAACUCCGGCUGUUUUCAACCAGACAACUCAGAAUACAUCGUAUACAUUUGCUGCUGGGACGUACGAGUAUCCCUUCCGAUUCAAGUUCCCUUUCAACAAUUCAUGCAGUUCACACAACAGUAUGCUCACCAACCUGAACUUUACCGGGUUGAAGGUUGAGGUGGCCAAGGAUACAAAUCGACACGUUAAGAAAACCUUGCCUCCUUCUUUGAGUGGCUUUCCAGGCAUGGCAGAGAUCAAAUAUUAUGUAAAGGCAACAGUCAUCCGCCCACAGUUCUACAAGGAGAAUCUGAGAGCCAUCACGCCGUUGAAUUUCCUCCCAAUCGAGCCUCCACGAACUGGAAGGCCUAACGAAGAGACGUAUGCUAGACGUCAACAUCAAUUCAGCAAAGCUCCCGAAAAGAUCAGAACCAAGAGUCUAUUCUCCAAAGCCUCCUCCUCAUCGCUCCGGGAUGUGGGAGGAGAGCCUCUCCGUGUCUUUGCAGAUGCAAGACUGCCAAACCCGUCCAUUCUUACUUGCAAUGAGCCAAUACCUCUGAGGUUGCUGGUGAGGAAGGUGUCCGAGUCGUUCGAGACGAUCUUCCUCCAGAUGCUGCAAAUUGAGCUGAUUAGUUAUACCCACGUCCUGGCCCAUGAUCUUCGGCGCACAGAAGGCGGCAGCUGGGUUCUUCUCAGCCGCAGUAAUAUGUCUAUUCCUCUCGGCAGAGGAGGGGAUCCCGCUGGUACAGAAUGGCCACUUGAUCCCUCCAUGUGGAACCACAUACCGUUGCCCAGCUCAGUCGCGCCAUCUUUUGAGACUUGUAAUAUAUCACGAAAUUAUGAACUCGAGGUACGAAUCGGCUUGAGUCACGGGAGUAUCGGAGACAUGAAGCCCCAACUCAUCGUACUUCCCUUGAGAAUGCCAGUCAAAGUGUACUCUGGAGUAGCUCCUCCACAAGCACUGCUAGAUGCCAUGGCUGCUACUGGUCAAGCGACCUUGUCUAAACCUGCACCGAUGACCGGCCAUCCUAUGGAUGAUACAGUCGAGCGUCCACCAGUACCUCCCCGGCCAACGGGUCCGGUCAUGCCUACCAGUGUAGAGGAUGUCUAUGACGAAGCACCCCCCAGCUAUGAGGACGCGAUGGCUGAAACCCUAAGUCCUGUGGAUGGCCCCCGCCGCGAGUAUAACCCACCAGAUGCUUCUUCUUCCAGCAGAACCAUUGAACCUGGAGCUGAUUCGACAUCGUCAGUAUUCCGAAAAAAGGAACGUGAGGCCACAUCGCCGUACAGCCACCCUACAGCCAACUCGUCGUCGGAAUCGUUUGACAUGCUUCCUUCUACCCCUCCGGAGUCUCAUUCCGGCUCACCUCCCACAUCUCCGGUUGCACGCCAGCAGAGUGUGCUCAAGAUACACAAGGCGCUUCCUCCAGACGAGGAAAGUCCACCUCAAUAUCAGCAGGUUGCUGACAGCCCUACAUCAGCGCCGCAAAGCCGCAAUGAUAGAGGACAACCUCAACCUGGCUUUCGUCCGCUCAAUCUUGGAGUACCCAACAGAAAGCCUGUACCACGGACUCCAAGUACGGGAGGCUCAUGA